AUGAUCUCAUCAUCCGCUAACACUGAGUUCUUUUUUACAUUUGGUGACAACAAUACCGGUGAGUAUAUCCCACCAUCCACACCAAAAACACACGCAGAAAUUGAAGCGACAAUCCCACUCGCUCGCUUUCCGUGGUACACGCUCAGCGGUGACGUGUUGGAAUCAUGGCUCUCCUGCUACCCCUUGGCAUCUUCAUCGCCUGUUCAACCGCCGCGGCAUGAAUCCACCACGCACCAUACUCGUAAAAUGGGGAGAAAAAAAAAGGAUUCCACCGAAGCGGGGUCGACUGACCUCAGCAUUGGCCCAAAGCCCUCCCCCUUAUCGCUUGAACUCCAAACAAGCGAAAAAGGGGUCUACACGCUAUACUACCAAACCGCACUCGAUCUACGGAACCUGGUGGGGUGCCUCUCUUCCCCCGGAGAAGGAUCGGCGGGUUGCGGCAAGGGCGGGAAUGGUCAUGGAGGGACCCCAGGCGAGCUUCGUGACAUCAUCCCCGGAAGGUACUAUGGGGGACUGAAAGUGUGGUCCUGUGCGCCGGACCUGGCGCGGUAUGUGGUCUCCCUGGGGGCCCUGUGGCACAACGCCGCGCGGGUGUUCGGCCGUGAGGUGUCCUCCCUGGUCUUCGCGGAAGUUGGCUGCGGCCAGGCACUACCCGCCAUGGCCGCGAUCGCUAUCGGCGCACGGACUCUUAUCCUGCAGGAUUAUAACAAAGAGGUCCUCGAGCGGUGUGUGAAGUCGAACCUCGGGGCAACGAUCACAGGUAAUGCGCAAUUCUGUCCUCUAUUCUAUGAAAAAGAGUCGGUUGCGGUAAAGGAAGUGCGGGUGCAGCUAGCUCAUGGGGACUGGGCAAAGUUGGGGUGGUCGGAUCCUUUUGGGAACGGAACCAAGGCUGAUAAUGCAUGCGUUGCCGGGUGCGACGUCGUGCUUGGGAGCGAUGUCACUUUUGAUCAUGACUCGUGUUGGAAGCUCAGCCAGCUACUACAGCGCUGGCUACGUCCCAUCACUGGGGUGGCAUUUAUCGCCACGAAGAUGUACUACUUUGGCACUAACGGCGGCUCCCUUGAGUUCGAGCAGUGUGCUUCACGAUUCGGGCUCACGACCGAAAAAGUGGCCAAUAUGGACGAGGAAGGUGGGAUGAGGCGAGUUAUACUAAAAGUUCGAAAAGAAAAAUAA